GGUGAAGUGAGCAAAUAUAACCGUUACGCCUCUUCUUAAAGUCGCCAGGCGGCGCACACGAGUGCUCCACCUUCAGCUGACCUUUCACCUCAAAGCAUCAUGGCGGCAUUUGUGACUUUUAUUCGCAGACUUCCGACAAUAACACUGUUGCAGAAGGGAGUUUUUCCGAGACAUCCAACUUGCACCAGAACAAUGUCAGGAGCAGUGCCACAGGGAGUCAGCGAGAGACUCUGGAGUCUUGGAAAGUUGAACCAUGUUGCCAUCGCUGUUCCAAAUCUAGAAAGUGCUACAGCCCUGUACAGAGAUGUGAUGGGAGCCAAAGUCAGCGAGGUUACGCCGUUGCCAGAACACGGUGUGUACACGGUCUUCGUUGAGCUUGGAAACACAAAACUGGAGUUGCUCCACCCUCUUGGUGAAAAAAGUCCCAUUGAAGGGUUUUUAAAGAAGAAUGCUGCAGGAGGAAUCCAUCACAUUUGUAUUGAGGUUGAUAACAUCACAGAGGCAGUGAAACAGCUGACGUCCAGUCAGAUCCGUGCCCUGAACCCGGAGCCGAAGAUCGGCGCACACGGGAAGCCCGUGGUGUUCCUACAUCCUAAAGACUGUAACGGUGUUCUGGUGGAACUGGAGGAGGCAUAGCCUCAGAUGGUGGUCAGAAGAUUCAGAGGAUUUUACAGAUGGAGCAAUUAAACAUUUUUCCUUUAAUGAA